UGAAAGUAUUACAGAUGUCCUCUUUUCCCCCAAUGACCCCUUAUACCCCUCACCUUCCCUGCCCCGAGAAUCAGACUUUUAAAACUAAACCAUGCCACAUUGCAGAUCCCGUUUUCUAACAUGUCACACCCAUUUUUUUCACCUACCUCCUUUAGAAAACACUGUGUAGGUAACUGGCAGAAAGUGCCAUGCUACUAUCAGGAACCUGUGACUGGCAAAUGCAAGCCUAAGAAAGUAGAAAACUCUUUUUUCUUUGCAGCUGUGAAAAUGUCCGCCAAGGCCCAAAUAGCUGCGAGAGCAUCCCUUAUUGAGCAACUGAUGGCUGAAAGGAACUUUGAGGAUCUUGGCAACCACCUGAUGGAGCUCGAAACUCUGCAUGUGACUAAGGAGCACCUCCAGCAGACAGAAGUGGUUAGGGCUGUGUACCGAGUCCUCAAAAACUGCCCCACGGUGGCUCUGAAAAAGAAAGCCAAGUGUUUGCUGUCAGAAUGGAAAGCUCUUUAUAAGGAUCCCCAUUUCAAACCAAGGGACAGCCCCAAAUUCUUCCCUACGGAUGGAAAGGACAAAAAUUCAGGACUUUCUUCUGACUCAAGUCAAAAUGAGGCAUUGGGCAGCUCCAGUUCUGAUUCUCUGCUAUCGUCCCAAGAUGUUUUGGCAAAAUCCACUGAAAUGAUUGUGCCUGCAAAUAGCCCUAGUGGAAUGGAACCUAAGGAAGAGUAUGUCAGGGGUAGUGAUCUUAAAUCCACUGACAAGAAAUCAAGUGAGUUGCUGGAUCCUGCAGUGCCCGUGAGAAUGAAAUGCACAGAGCUUCUUCAUGAAGCUUUAACUAGUUCUUCCACAGAUCAGUCCAAAGCCGAGUUGUGGCAAAACUUUGCAAGAGAAAUUGAAGAGCACAUUUUUACCCUUUAUUCAAAGAACCUCAAAAAAUAUAAAACUUGUAUCAGAAGCAAAGUUGCCAAUCUGAAGAACCCCCAAAAUUCUCACUUACAACAAAACUUGCUCUCUGGGACCAUGUCACCAAGAGAAUUUGCUGAAAUGACUGUCAUGGAAAUGGCAAGCAAGGAACUGAAACAGUUGAGAGCUUCGUACACGGAGUCUGGCAUACAGGAGCAUUGCCUUCCCCAAGUGACUGAGGGCACAGAGACCAAGAAAAUAAAAUGCAGACACUGUGAGAAGUUCAAUUGCAAGGUCACUGUAAUAGCCAGAGGAACACUUUUCCUUCCAGGCUGGGUACAGAAUUCAAACCCAGAUGAACAAAUGAUGACCUAUGUAAUCUGUAAUGAAUGUGGGGAGCAGUGGUACCAUAGCAAUUGGGUGUGCUUAUAAUUGUAAAUAAAUGUUCUGGCUCUGGCCAGUGUGGCUCAGUUGGUUGGGCAUCCUCCUGUGCACCAAAAGGUUGCUGGUUUCAUACCCAGUCAGGGUACAUGCCCGAGUAGCCAGCUUGAUCACUGGUAGGGGGCAUGCCUGUAGGCGGCAGCCAAUCAAUGUUCCACUCUCACAUCGAUGUUUCUCUCUU